AGCGAAGAAAACUCGUGUUUGCAUAGGAAAAAAUUUGUUGAAACACCGGUUUAUCCUAUAUAACUGUAUCUAACACGAUACAUUGUUUUGACAGUCGUCCUUACUCACGAUUAGGCUCAACUUUGGAGAACCAAACCAAUAUCAGACUAAAUUUACGUAUUACCCUUCUGAUGUCCAGAUUUGUCGCAGUGGCCUUCCGAUCAGCAUGUCGCCUUUUGAAUACAUCUCGACCCCUGACCUCCAAACGUGACACACAGUACACGAGUGUCAGGAAUUUCCUCGUAACACAAUCAAAAACCAAGGACAAGGUAACCAUAUAUUUUGUGACCAGUGAUGGCAACAAAAUUGCAACAGAGGCCAAAGUAAAUAGCACUUUGUUGGACUCUAUUAUUGACAACGACCUUGAUUUUGAUGGCUUCGGAGCCUGUGAAGGUACUAUGGCCUGUUCCACUUGUCACGUAAUAUUACCCAAACACAUAUACAAUGCUGAAUUACCAUCAGAUGAAGAACAAGAUUUAUUAGAUAUGGCCUAUGGCUUAACAGAUACGUCUCGCCUUGGUUGUCAGGUUUAUGUCACAGAGGAUAUGGACGGCGUUGAGAUAAAGAUUCCUACAGAAACAAACGAUAUACGAGGAUUUUCUUAGAACUUGGUUGUUUAAAUUUUAUACAUCCUGUAAAAUAGUUUGAAGAAAAUAAAUUAAUAAAAUUUCAC